UUGAAUCCGGAUAAGACGGAGGUACUGUUGGUCAGUAGGAGACCCCACUGCCACCUCCCAUGGACCCAUGGACCCCGCUUCCACCUCCAACAACUCCCCCAAAGGGACACAAUGCAGCAGAAAAAUGAACACACAACCUCCAACAAUUCGUCAGUGUCAGAAUUUCUGCUCCUGGAAUUCUCAGACGAUCGGGAAAUGCAACUCUUACAUUUUCUCCUGUUCCUUUUGUGGUACCUAGCGAUAGCAGCAGGAAACCUUCUCAUCAUCUGCGCAGUCAUUCUUGACCAUCACCUGCACACCCCCAUGUAUUUCUUUCUGAUGAAUUUGGCCAUUCAGGACCUGGGUUCUGUUUCAGUCAUUGUCCCCAAAUCUAUCGCCAAUUCCCUCUUAAAUACCAGACACAUUUCUUUUUCUGGCUGUGUUGCUCAGGUUCUCUUCUUUGUCGUCUUUUCUGCUUCUGAUUUUGCACUUCUCACAGUUAUGGCUUAUGAUCGUUAUGUCGCCAUUUGCGAUCCAUUGCAAUAUGAGAUGGUGAUGAACAGGCAAGCCUGCAUUGAAAUGGUUGCUUGUGUAUGGCUCACUGGUCUUGUCUAUGCAAUCUUGCACACGAUUUGCACCUUUGCAACUCCUUUCUGCUCCAACGUUGUCAAUCAGUUUUUCUGUGAAAUCCCACAAUUACUUAAGCUCACUUGCUCUGACUCGUAUCUAAUUGAAAUGGGAGUUCUUGGGGUAAGUAUUAUCAUUGGACUAGGUUGCUUUAUCUUCAUCAUUGUCACUUAUGUGCACAUCUUCACUGCAGUGCUAAGAAUCCCUUCUGUGCAGGGAAGGCAAAAAGCUUUCUCAACAUGCCUUCCACACCUCAUUGUUUUCUCCAUGUUAGUUUUUGCCGGAAUCUUUGUCUACAUCAGUCCAUCCAACACUUCAUCUAAUCUGGGCCUGGCAUUUACUGUAACAUAUUCCAUGGUUCCACCGAUGAUGAAUCCAGUAAUCUACAGCAUGAGAAACAGAGAGAUCAAGAACGCUGUGUCAAAGCUUAUUCGGUUUUAG